AUGAAUCGAUACCCUCAAGAACAUAUUAGUCCUGAGAAAGAGCCUAUCAAGCCUCACGUCGCUGAAUAUUUCGUGGAUACGGUUCUACCAACUGAUGACGAAGUCAGGUAUCUGGGGAAUGCUUGGAAUUAUUGCGGGUAUUUCCAUAAAGAGCUUAAAGAUUGUGUAGAGGACGGAGUUGUUAAAGGAGAUGAAUAUCUGUUCUUUUUUAUGUGAAAUAAAAUAUAAAAGAAAUGGUUUAUGUCUAUGAUAAAUUUAGCUAAUUUAAUAUAUUCUUAUCAGAAUGGCUAGGAAUUUAAUAUUUGCUAUAAGAAAUAGAGGAGAAAUAAUAAAAAAUAUUGAAUUAGGUAUAUAUAAAAAAUGCAAAAAUAAGGUUGAGGAGCUGCAUCAUUGUUAUUCCUGGAGAGAGCCAACUGAGCAAGAUUUAUCGUCCAAUGCAUUUGUGAAGGAAACCCAAAAAUGCAUUUAUCCAAGAGAGUUGUUUUUGAAAUGCUAUUUCAGACAAGCUGAGUCAUGGGAGAAUUGUCAUCAAGCUUGGACGAACCUUUAUUCUUGCCAGUUUAGAAAAAAUCCUAACUCCCCCCCCCCCUCCGUGAGCGAACAAAACCAUUAGAAAAAUCGCCAUUUUUUUGACCAAAAACCCACCCUCCGUGAGUGAACAAAAAUUUUUUUAAUAGAAAAAAUUUUAAUGGAAAAAAAUUUUGAUAUAUAAGUGAUAAUUAGUAUAAUGAAAUCUAGAGCUAAUUCUGUUUAAUUUUAAACAAAUUGCGUUUUAAAACAUAAAUUUUGCAAAUUAAAUUAAUAUUUGCUUCCCAAUUUUUGCAAAUUAGGAUUUUUUUAAAUUAGGAUUUUUUUAAAUUUCGAAAAAAAUAUUUUUUAUAAAAUUUAUAUAUAAAUUUUUUUUAAAAAAAAAAAAUUAACCCCCCUCCGUGAGCGAACAAAAUUUUUUUGUUCGCUCACGGAGGGGGGGGGGGAGUAAGCUCUACACUAUUUUCUAA